AUUUGAUUCCAUGUUAUUAGUGGCAACUCUGAUUAGUGCUGUAUAUUCAUUUAGAUUUUUGGCAACAGAUGACAAUCUCCAAAGCACACCACAAUGUUAUGGUGCCAUAUUUGAUGCAGGAUCUUCUGGAACACGAGUUUAUGUCUAUUAGUGGAGCUGCAGAGAAGGAUGGACAUUACCUAUGAUCGACCUCAGUGAAACUGUAACUUUUAUAUUCAAUCAUCAAAGUCAAACGAUAAAAAAUAAGAACCCGGCCUUGCCACAUUCGCCAACAACCUAGACAAAAUUCAAGCCUACUUAGAACCUUUAAUUAAUUUCACUUACAAUGUUGUCCCAGAAAACAUGUAUCAAUUCACUCCCAUCAUGCUUGGAGCCACAGCUGGAUUAAGGCAAUUGACUCAAGUCCAAUAAAAUCAAAUCAUCCAAACUGUCCAAUAGGUUUUCAACAGUACAAAAUUCUAUUAUAGUCCUGAUUGGGUACGAGUUCUUACUGGAUAGGAAGAAGUAUUAGUUCAAUUCAUAUUCUAAGGGUAUGUAUAUGUGGAUGUCCGUCUUCUAUUUACUCAAUUAAUAAGUGAAAUCCCUAUUGACUCUUGAUCUUGGUGGUGCUUCAACUCAAAAUGCUUUCCCUUACAACAAUACUGGUCCAGAUUUCGUUCUCUUGAAUGUUCGACCAAAUGUGAGCAACUUCUCAUUGUAUUCCGUGUCCUAUUUGGGCUAUGGAAAUGACCAAGCUAGGUAAAGCAUCCUAAAGUCAUCUAUUCAAUAAGGGGAUGAUACCAUCUAUUCUCCUUGCUUUUAAAAAGAUUAUAGUGGAAAUGUCACUAUUGAAGAGAAGUUUUACAAAAUUUAAGGAGUGGGAAAUCUAGCCACUUGCUAAUAAUUAAUAUCUAGCUUUUUAAACACUACCGUUACUACGAGCAUUAAUUAAAGUUACGAGCCUCCUGUCACUAAUCAAACUAUCUACGGAACCAACGGCAUCGUCACCAUGGCCAAGUUCUUUAAUUUGCCCACUUUCAACAAAUAAGGCUAUCUUGCUCAAUUGUAGAGUUUCACUAAUCUAAAUUGGUAAUAGGCUGUAGAAGCUUAUCCAAAUAAUCCUUAUUUAAGUAAUUUGUAUUUCAUGGGAACCUAUGUCUAUAUGCUAAUAUAUGAUGGAUAUAAUAUUCCAAGUACUUCAAUUGUGCAAGCUCCUUCAAGUAUCAAUGGAAUUAGUCCUAGUUGGACUUUGGCUGCCUGCUCUUAUCAACUAGCCUAAAUUAAUUGCACUGACGAUAGUCCAGUAUGCCAAUUCAAUGCUUAUUCAUCAAUCAUUGCGAUGUUCUGGGUAUUUGCUUUGGGAUUCAUCAAUUGAUUUAAUAAAUAGAAUAACAAAAUAUUUAUAUUAUCC